UCGCAAUACAGCACCUGCACUUUGCGAAAUGGGUGCUGGGCUGUCAACGGAGGCCGCUGCAGACGCAACGAUGCCGCCCAUGGCGCAGGUCACGCUGCAGACCGUGGCGACCCUCCCUCGCCUGGUCGCCAUCUGCUCUGCAACACAGACACUUGCGCCCAGCGACGCGCUCUGGGCAGACCUCCUCGCCUUCGAGAUCGACCUCCCAGGCGACGACGAAUCGCCACGCGCGCUCAGCAUGACUGAAAAUGGCGAGCUCGAGUUGGCUCUGGCACCGUUGGCUAGCGAGCUUGUCUCGCACAACCUCGAAACGCGCAACUUGGGCAAUCUGAUUCUACUGCUGCUCACACACGUUCGCAUCUUGGGUGAUAUUCCAGUCGCCGCUACUCCUGGCAUUCGAGCCGGACUGUACCAGCGCACCUUGAAUGCCGUCCUCUUGCUUAGAGUGUUUGUCAAGCACUUAUUCGAAACUUUGCCUCCGCGGAUAGCGCUACGACACUUCUCGGCGCAUACGGCCAGUGUGGCAGCCAGUCUGCAAACCUCACAAAGGGCUGGCAUGUCGGCAUCGGCAGACGAAAUUGAUCUCAAAGAGCAGCUUGUUCUUUCACUUGUACAACUUCUGGUCGACACACCAUCAACUCCCGAUUACCUGUCCACCGAAGCUAUCAAUCUGAUGACGGUCUUGCUGAGUCUGCAGCUCUACCUGCCCACGAUCGAAGCGAACGAUUUUCUGAUGCACGUCAUGACCGGUGCAUGUCGGCAACGAGCGCACCAGCUUCUGGGACGUUUGCUGACGAGGUUUGCGGAUCACGCGGCACCUUCAAAGCCAUCUCAGCUUAAAGCUCCUGGCGCUGCAUCGUACUCCCUAAUCCCUUGGAGAUCCCAACCGAACGCAACACUAACGCCGGAAGAGCGCGCUGUCCAUGUCGAGGCGCUCAAUCGGGAGGAUGUGGCCUCAGACCCAGGUGCAGAAGCCUCCUUGUUGCUGUUGCUUUUGUUGUGCAACCACGGCGUCCGCAAGCCAGGAGGCAACCCAUUCCAAGCCGCGCUUUCCACCUUCCGCGAUUCGGCGCAAGACUUUUCCGUGUCUGAAUCAGGUCGGCCACCGCUCGGCGUUGUGCAGCUGAGUUACACCAAGCUGUACAGCGUCCUCUGCCAGCGUUUGCACAAUCAGCAAACCACCCUGCUAUUGUAUCUCCUCCUCCAUGCCAACACUUCUUUUACCACCUUCCUGCUAUCUCGGACGGACCUUCAAAACGUGCUCAUUCCCAUGCUGCAGACGCUGUAUAAUGCAGCCAGUCAACCCUCGCAGCAAAUCUACAUGUUGCUUAUUAUUGUCCUCAUAUUGAGCCAAGACCAUUCCUUCAACAAGGGGAUUCACGAGCAGUCUCUACCUUCUGUUCCGUGGUAUACCGAAAAGACCAUCCACCAAAUAUCUCUGGGAUCGCUCAUUGUCAUUGUGCUAGCACGCACAAUCCAGUACAAUUUGGCAAAGCUCAAGGAUUUGUACAUGAACACCAAUUGCUUGGCGGCCCUCGCCAACAUGUCCCCGCACUUUCACGCAUUGCACCAAUACGCGGCCGAGAGGAUUGUUGGCUUGUUUUUGCUAUUAUCGAAGCGGUUUGAGACGCUAAAGAAGGCCGCCUCUUCGUCUUCCGAGUCCGAAAAUGCUGAUGUCGACGUGUUUGCCGAUUUUCUUCGGAUUGUUCUCGAGAUUAUGAAUUCGUCCCUGUUGCAUGCGAUGCAACGCAAUCCGUAUCUGGUCUACAUGCUGCUGCGAGAACGUGAGCAUUUGAACAAGUAUGCCAGCGAGGACCGAUUUGCGGACGUGGUGUCGAACAUUGAAACGAUUCUGGACUACUUUUCCGCGAGUCUCGAACCGCAUUUGCAGACUUCGCCUUCAGCCGAAGACGUUCUGGGACUGAUUGCAGCUGCCGCCCAGAAAUGGAAUAAUGCAAAGCUCCAAUCGAACGAACUCAAGUUCAAGUACGAAGAGGAAGAGCAACCAGAUGAUUUCUUCAUUCCCUACACGUGGUCGAUUGUGGUGUCGCGCGCAUUGAUCAAAUGGAGGGCUUCUCCCGAUGGUGCUAGCUCGCCUGAUGCGUCAACCGCCCCAUGAAAUUUUGUUUGAUUCGUGAAUGCUGUUUGUUUGUUUGUUUGAACUUUGUUUUCUCGGUUUUGCGUUUGUUCGGUUGUUGUCAGUAAACCUUGCGUACUCCA